GGGACCAGUAUCAUCACACCCAUCUCGUCCACUCAGCCAUCGCCAAGCAGUUGGCAUCCCGUGCGCGGGGCAGGGAACAGAUCCAGCAAAGAGUCGCCGGGCAAUGGCAGUGCCAGUAUAGGGUCCAAUAAAGGGACCACUACGGCCACGGAGUCUGGGAAGAGGUCAUCAACCGGGUCUACUAAAGGGCUUAGUUCUGCGGGAGAUGCCAUGGAGUGGGAGUGGGAUGCUCCCCAUACCCAACCCCUCAAAGAAGCCAACGCACGCACUCGUUUGGAGGCGGAAUCGGCGGGAAACCCUAAAACCAGCCAGGAUACGUCUCGCCGGGGAAGCACGGUCUCCUCGCUGGCGUCCAAUCAGGUUGCUGGGAAAUCAAAGGAGAGCAACGCGGGCACCAAUAAGAACGCCGGGAACUCGGUAGGCGGUGCGGCGUCUGGGCAUUCGUCGUUGAGUGAUAAGCUGGUGGAGGUGGCGCUUGCGGCAGCCAAUAGCAAGCCAGCAAUAGGCCUGGGCAUGAGCGGGGCCAGUUUGGGCGCAGGUGCAGGUGCAGGUGUAGGUGCAGGUGCAGGUGUAGGUGCAGGUGCAGGUGCAGGUGCAGGUGUAGGUGCAGGUGCAGGUGCAACGUUCAGCAAGAGCAUGAGUCUGCAGAGUCCGGUGGCCAACAACGGCAGCAGUCCCGGCACGAGCGACAGUACCAAUACAAGCAGUGAGACCGGUCCCAAAACGAGUGGGACAGAGCAGGUGCAUGGGCACACGGCCGAGGGCAAAGGGCCGGGUGUGGACAACGGUGGGGUGGCUGAGCGAAUUGGCCCUGGACUGGGGAAACCCGAGACAACGAGUGGUACGAGGAAGGGGGGAGGAGCACAUGGUAGUAGCGGCAAGGAUACGACCGACAAGCAGCCCAACCCUGGCCACAGCUCAGCGAGUAUGGGCCAGAUGGAGGCGGGGAGUGCGAGAGACAGGGACAGGGACAGAGAUAGAGAUAGAGAUAGAGAUAGAGAUAGAGAUAGAGAUAGAGAGAAGGGAGCGCAUACGGACAACAGAGAGAAGACGGCCAAUGGGGAGAGUGCUGAAGGGCUGAGUGCUGGGCCACAGACUGUGCGAUCGCCUGCGACCACUGCGCAGAGGCUGCAGGCCAUACCCCACAA